UUCUUAUUUUUAUUUCAUUUAAUCCCUCCAUCUCACUAUCUCACUGCGCAAAAACCAAUGUCAGCAGAGGAGGUGCGAAAGGAGCGCGCGUCGCUGCAAACGAGCUUUCGCAACAUUGAGACGAGCUUUGCCAACUUUAAGGCGGCGUCCAAGACCAUGUUCACUGCGCAGGACGACUGCGUGAAGAGCAUUGGAGCGCAAAAGAAGGCGAUCGGCGAGCUGCUGGACAUGGCGAAACGCAAGCCAGCGGGACUGACAGACCAGGAGCGAACCGAGCUCGAGCGCGAAACGGCCGAGCAGAAGAGCCAGCUCUCCCGCAUGGAGGUCUCCUUCCCACAGAAGAAGUCGGUGCUGCUCGGACUCGUGCUGGGAGACGUGAAUAUGACCCUCCCAAAGAUGGGCGAUCGCUUCAAGUACAAGGAGGAUUACGAAAAGUUCAAGGCGCGCAUGACCAUGAUCACUGUGCUCAUCUCGUUGCUCAACCUCACACUGCUGCCGUUCCGCUUCGUGGAGGCCCUGCUGCACUGCUUGAUUGUCUGGUUUUACUGCACGGCCACUUUGCGCGAGCACAUUUUGAUUGCAAACGGCUCGCGCAUCCGGAACUGGUAUCUCUGGCACCACUACAUUAGCGUCGUGCUCACGGCCAUGCUGCUCAUCUGGCCAGACGGCUUUGCGUACCAGGCCUUCCGAACCCAGUUCCACAUUUUUACGAUUUACGUUGGUGUGCUCCAAUUCAUCCAGUUCCGCUACCAAACCUCCCGCUUGUACAUGCUUCGUGCCCUUGGCAAGACGGACGCCAUGGAGGUCACCGCGGAAAUGUCUUCGCGUGGAUUGACGUAUCUCGUCGUGAUGCUGAUGAUUGGACAUGGCUUCCAAGUCUACAACGCGUACACCCUGUACGAGAUCACCAUGGAUCCCCGCUGCCUUGAGUGGCAUCCUUCGGCGCUGGCCGUUAUUUUUAUUGUGCUUGCCUCUGGCAAUUUCAUCACCUUGAUGCGCACGCUCGUCCACAAGGCAAAGAAGCACCCAGCUUCGGCAUAACAGUUGCUUCUCCCGGGUUCUUUGUUUGUGUAUGUCGUUGAACGGUGUCUGCCAAAAUGAGCAUUUGUACGAAUUAGAGAAUGUGUUGCAUGAA